AUGAUUGAAUAAUUCCUAUUCGCACUUAUACUGAGCUUGAGAGUCACGUGCAACUAAUAUGAAUUUAAGAUAGAAAUUGGUUAGUUAAAGGCUGUGCUGGAAUUAAAUAAUGCUACAAAUGUAACUUUGACUGAUGAAAGCAAUAAAGAAUUUUGUUGGAUUGAAGACGAAAAAGUUCUUUUACAAACAACAUCUCUUAUGAACUAUCAAGAUCUAGAUAUAAUGAAUAAAUACUAUUUUUUGUUAGCAACAUAAAGUGGUCUUUGGGUUCUUAUGAACGAUAUGAUUUUAACUUAAAUAACACAUGAUGGAACAAUAAUCAAUUAGAAAAAAAUUUAGGGGAAUUACAGCCAGUUCAAAGGUUUUUAUGAUGAAAAAAGCGAAGACCCUAUUUUUUUGGUUGAUUAUCAGUUAUUAAAUGACACUUAAAUUACAUUUUAUCAUGGAGCUAUAAAAACUUAUGAUGGAUUUUUGUUCGUAAUAAACAAAUUCAUAUAUGUUUAUGAUCUUUAAAAUAAUACAAACAAAUAUUUUGGAUCAAUAGAUAUAAGUAAAUUUCAAAAUAUUAUCGAGUAUGAUAUAAAAAAGAUUGAUGAUUUUAAAUACUAUUUGUAUUUGAUGGAUUAACAUUUUGGAUUAAAUGUAUUAAAGCUAUUGUUCAGAUAAAAUAAUAUCAAUUCUAAAAUAAUAUACUCAGAAGCAAAUCCUUUAUAAAAUCCAAAAUCCUUUUUUUGUAAUGAAUAUUAUAGUUGCUUUGGAUUAUACUAUAACAAUGUGUAUAAGAUUUUGAAUUUCAGAAUCAAUUUCCUGGAUAAUAGUAUAUAAAUUAGGGAAAUAUUAGAGGAAGAAAAUAAAAUAAUUAAAAUUAUAAAUGUUGGAGAAAUGAUGUUUAUUUAAUCCAAAAAUAACCAUAAGGUGUAUCUCUAUAAUUCUAACUAAAUCUAAAAUAUACAAAUAAUGGGAUUAUAAUAAAUCUCAGUAGUAAAUUCUUCGUUGAUUUACAUUAUUACAAAUACUAAAUUAAUCAAAUUGUAGCUAUCGAGAACUCACCCUAAGAUUCUCUGCUUUUGUGAUGAUAAUGAAGAUUGCCCUUUAAUAUAUGAUUAUGGGAUUAAUUUUAGAGAUAAGACGAAGAUGAUGUAUUUGAAAUUUACAAUAGAGUUUUAAACAUCAAUAGAAGAUCAGAUGAACUAAGUUUUAGCUAUUUUAUUUUCAAUAAUCUCUUUUUUUGGAAUUAUAUUAUUGAUUUUUUGGAUUUAUUCCUUAAAGACUUAAAUCUUGCUGUUGGAAGGAAAAAUUCAAUAAGGAUAUUAAUUUAUGUAAAAAAAUAAAUUGCCAAUAUUUCAUACCCUUGAAAACCUUGCUUUUACAUUUCGAGGAGGUGAAACUAUGUCCAAAAGAAUUUAGCAAUAAGAAUCUUAGGAGAUUUAAGAAAUUUUUUGA